UAGUUGGCUUGUACUUGACAAAUCCGUACCCUUAGAAACUUUGAAUAUACACAACGAACUUGAUAUUUCUAGCUCUUCAACAACUACGCCAUAUCUUGAUUUAACAGUACAUGGUCACCCAAAAGAUAAUUCUACAAGACUCAAUAUCUUAGAAAUUGUAAUUCAACUCAGGGAUGUAAUUAAUAUGGCAUAUCCAAAUUUAUUCAAUCAAGUUGAAAAUAUUCAUAAUGCAAUUGUAACUACAAAUAGAAUAAAAAAUAAAAUGAAACGAAAAGCAAGAAAUUUAUUUUUGGAAAAUAAUACACCUACUUCAAUAAUAUCUGCUACAUCUAUAAACAUUAAUUCGGGCAUUUAA